AUGGCUGUUUCCAAAGAUCCCGAGCCAUGGGCCGAGGGUGCAGAGGAGUAUAGGGGCCGACGCCUGCUACCCCACGUCAUCGACUAUUACGCCCACCAUGAACCCAGUCGCGUGUUUGCCUCCAUUUCGGUGUCGGAGAGCGUUGCCAGUGGCUUCCAGGAUGUCUCCAUGAAAGCAAUGGCCACGGCCGUUGACCACAUGGCCUGGUGGCUCGAGCGGACCCUCAAAGGCAGCAAAAAGCGAAGAACCCUGGCCUACAUCGGCGCAGCCGACCUGCGAUAUUCGAUUCUGUUGCUGGCAGCUAUUAAAUGUGGAUGGAAGACUAUGUUCAUCUCGCCGCGGAACCCCACGAUCCUCAACCUCGGCCUCCUGCAGCAGGCAGACGUCAAUGCGCUCCUGUACGCAGAUGUAUUGCGCUCAAUGGCCAAGAGCUUGCAGAAAUUUGACCCCUCCAUGUCUUGCAAACAGGUACCCUCAAUGGUAGAUCUGCUUAGGUCGCAAGCCACACCGUACCGCUUCCAGUCUUCGUGGAACGAUAUAAAAGAUGAUAGAUGCCUGAUCUUACAUUCGUCCGGAUCGACAGGCCCGCCCAAGCUGGUGUAUCUCACCCAUCAUACAUUUUCUUGCACCGACAAUGACCCCAAAGUGCCAGUGCCGGAAGGGCGACGACCGCAGAACGCGGCGCAAUUCCACUUUGAUCCGCCCGGGCGUUUCUAUUCCUGCUUCCCGCCAUACCAUAUGGCUGGUGUGCAAUCAUUUACUCUUUUACCGGCUUUUUCACAGACGGCAGCGGUAAUUAUGGGCCCGCCCAUGAUGCCCCCAAGUGGCUUUUUGGUGGAUAUCAUCAUGAAGCAGCAGGAUGUCCGAGCUCUUUAUCUGCCCCCAUCCAUCAUCGAACAAUGGACCACCGAUCCAACCGCCUUCAAACAAGCCGAGAACCUCGAUUUCGUGCUCUACAGCGGUGGGCCCUUGGCGAACAGUACUGGAAAUCGACUUGACGAAAUCACGGAUGUUUGUCAGAUGUACGGUUCUCUGGAGAUGGGCCAGAUCCAGAUGCUGGUCCCCAAUCCUGGAGAGUGGGACUACUUGGAGCCCAACCCGGCCGAGGAAUGUGACUUCCAGGAAGUGGAUGAAGGCGAGGGCGUGUAUGAGAUGGUGUUACACCCAGACAAGAAGUUCAUUGGACAACGGUCUCUCGCACAUACCUUCCCCGACAUUAAAGAAGAGUGGCGGACCAAGGAUUUGUUCAUUCCCCACCCGUCCAAGCCUGGCUUGUGGCGCUUCCAUUCACGCACCGAUGAUAUUAUCGUGCUGGCCAGCAGCCACAAGGUGUGGCCAAUCCCGAUGGAGAAGACGCUGGCCGGCGACCCCCACGUUGCUGGUGCUUUGAUGGUGGGUAACGGUCGUCCUGAAGUGCUUCUCUUGGUUGAGCCGCGAUCCGGACCGCAGGUGGACCGAAUGAGCAAGAAGGAAUUCAUCGACACCAUCUGGCCCACGAUCAUGGAGGCAAACGCGAACGCUCCUGAGUUUGGCAAGAUUCGUCGGUCGCGAAUUGUCCUCAGCCAACCUAACCUCGGGUUCUUCCGAGCCCCCAAGGGAACCAUCUCGCGCAAGCCGACGGAGUCGCUGUACGCCGAGUAUAUUGCGGCCGCAUUCAUUGACGGGACUACGGACGAACAGAGCGAGAUUGGGAUCCUGGAGAACCACUGGCUGGAUGAGGCUAAGAGAUUCAUCGGCUCUAUUGUGCACGACAUCCGACCCGAUAUCACGCUGAAAGAAAGCGACGAUUUCUUCGUUGCGAAGGCCAUGGACUCGCUCACCGUGCUGGAACUCGGGCAGAAGUUGAGGCUCGGUCUGUUACGGCGCAUGAACGAAGAAAAGAACACCAUCAACUUUUGGUUGCGUACGAUCUUUGAGAAUCCCUCCAUUGAGUGUCUGGCCAAGGCUACGCUUGAUGCUGUCCUUGGGCAAGUCGAUUCCGACGAAGCCGGAAUGCGGGGUUUAACUGUCGAGCACAUUUUGGAGACGUUUGUAGCUCAGUUACCUGAGCCCAGUGGAUUGAAGCCCCAACCUGAACUCCCAGCGGAGAAUAUCAAGGUUGUGCUGCUUGGUUCCCGGGGCCGUCUUGGCCCGUAUAUUGUCAAGGAUUUGCUCGAUGAUCCUCGUGUGGCUGGAAUCAAAUGCUUGGACAGAGGCGGCAGUGGCCAGGCAGCAUUCCAACGUCGUGUCGAAGAACUUGGCAUCGACGUUGAUGCUAGUGACGCACGGCUACAAUUUAUUUCGAUGGACCUUUCCCAGCCAAACUUGGGUCUCCCCCAAAGCCAGCUGGCUGAAAUCUCAACCCAUGCCAAUGUGAUCAUCCACAAUGUGUGGGCUGUCAACUUCUCCCUGUCGGUGUCAUCUUUCAAGCUCGAGAUGCUGAAGAGUCUCAACACAAUCCUCGAGAUUGCUAACAAGGCGACAUCCCGGCCCCGCAUCGUGUUCACCUCCAGCAUUAGCACCGUAGCGGGCUGGGCCAAAGCGGUGGCCCCAAACGUCCCUGUGCCAGAGGAGGUUAUCAAGUGCCCUGGCGCCGCGUCGCACACCGGCUACGCGCAAUCCAAGCACAUCGCAGAGCGGCUGCUAGCCGCCGCAGGCGCCAAGCUCCAGAUUCCCAUUUCUAUCCUGCGCAUCGGCCAAGUUGCCGGCCCAACCACAAUCGGCGACGGUGGCAGAUGGGAAAGCCACGACUGGAUACACUCCCUCGCCAUCCUCUCCAAGGCUUGCGGCCUGGUACCCUCGGACAUUGCGGAAGUCGACUGGAUUCCCGUGGAUCAAGCCUCGCGCAUCGUAUCUGACAUCACGCUGCAGGAGAAGCACGAUGGCGACACCGGUACACCCUUCGUCCAUCUCUACAACAUUGUGCACCCGCAACCAAUGCAAUUCUCCGUGUUCGCAGAUGCCCUGCAAUCGUGUAUCUCGUCUUCGCGGCAAGUGAACUUCCACACCUGGGUCGACCACCUGGCGAACCUGACGCCAGGUAAGCUCUCCAAGGAGGCCGAGGCCGAGAAGACUCGUAUCCUAUCGUUCUUCCAGGCUGUUGUGGACGAGCAGUGUCCGAAAUACGUCCUUGAGAAGGCGAAGAGAGCCAGUGCUGUUAUGGCGACGAUGGAGCCCAUAAAGGAGGAUAUGUUGAAAAAGUGGUGUCGGGAUUGGACAAGGACUUAG